GUGCACAGAAGACCAAACAUGUCUUGUGCUGAUUGCUUAGCAGCUGGCACUGGGUGUUACUACUGUUCGACAACGAGGAGAUGUGGCUUUUAUCCAUACAAGAGGCUCAUUCCAAGCCACGAUGAGUGUGCCUACUUCUCAGAAGUAUACUGGGGUGUCUGCUUCAUUUCCCUACAAGGCACAGUCAUUACCAUCAGCGUGGUCGUCGGCACCAUUCUGCUCGCUCUGGUGGUUUGCUGUUGCUGCUGUUGUCGCAAGCGCCAGAACAGCAAAUGGCUGCGCGACAUGGCUCGCAUGGAAGAGGAGAGGAAACAGCGCCAGGAACGUGCCGACGAAAGACGAGCUGAGCGCAAAGCGCGCAACGACGACAUCCGGCGCAAAUAUGGCCUCGUGCGAGAGGAUACGCCUUACACUCGUUUUGACCACUGAUUUCGCUCCUGCGAGAGGGCUCCCUUAAAGGAGUGGCCGUUGCACUACGAGCUCAGUCUUGGGCAUGUAAAGCUAGCCACGCAAGCUGUGCUGGCAUGCAAGAGGGUACAACAGCAAACAGCCCAGCCACCAAGGCACAGCGUUUUCUUAUGUUACCUACUUGCUUUACACAAACUUGAAAACUUGAAAUGCUGAUGUACUACAUCCAGCAAAAUUGCAGUGACAUAUCAAUUCGGCUUGCUGCACCACCUUGCCUAGCUAAGGAUGGAGCAAAUUGCCCUACUCGAGCAGUUUUAUUGCAUUGUGUGUAUUGAUAGCAAAACACUAGAAAAGCGUGUGUGAAAGGACACUCGUGUACCUGUCUGCUUUACUGCUGCUGUUAUUUUGCCACAUCAGUUUGCGGGGCCUUUGUGAUUGCUUUAUGGAAAUCAUUAUCAAAGGCAACAACAUUCUGAGUGGUUGUAAUAUGAGGUCAUAGUGAAGAAGUGAAUAAUGGAUCAUAAACACCCUGUGUCUUUCGACCUUCAGCGCUGGUGGCUGAAAGGCAGUGUGGCGUAAACAAACUGAGGUAUGUGUGUGUGUGUUUUCAAUGACUGAAUGUACGCCAAAUCUAGUGCAAAUUUAAGAAAAAAUAAAUAUCUGCAGAGGCCUGAGUACCUUUAUAUAGUUCAUUAAAGCCCUCCCAAAAAAAAUGGAGCAUGUCAAAUGUUCAACCUCACUUUCUUAAUUUUUCUUUCUGCCUCUUGCAGCCGAUUCUUAAUGUUAUUAUAGAGUACUUAGUUUUGUUUUGCACUUAUAUUUUCUGGAAUUCUCAGGUGUACAUUCCUUAUGCAUUAUUCAGCAUGCAUGGUUUAUUGCAUGUUACCAGGCAAAGUGACCCAGUGGCUGUGAACUUUUACAAGUGCAGUCUUCCCGUUUCUGAAAUUAAUGAAAUUUUCAAGCAUUACUGCAUGCAGCCUCUGUGAAGUGUUUUACUCUUGUCACCUAUGGUGUGGUAAUGUGUGUUUGGAAGUUCCUAUAAACAUACAUUUAAUGUGAACCAUGCAUUCCAAGUGAAAAAAAAAAAGAGUUCGCUACGUAGUUCCUGAUUAUCUAGUUAAAUUUUCUUGUUUUCACUAAAAUUCAUUUGUUUCUGCCACUUUUGCCUGUCAUAUCACUUUUGUUUUCCUGUAGUAGUAAGGUCCUACCCACUAGGCCUUGAAUGUUUGUUGAAUUUAGGUAUCAUCUAUUAAAUUCUUUCUAAUGUCUUGUGUCGAACCUUGCCAAACCUUUAUAAAAAAAAUAAACAAAUUUUAGGCGGCCUUAAGCUUUUAGUAACAGCAUUACACAAUUCAACGAGACAAAGUUGCACUUGCAGAACUGUUCCUGAAAAUUCGUAUUUGUAGUAACUGUAGAGCAAUGUGAAUGUCAGUACUCUGAUGACCUUAUUCCGAGUAGCUCAUUUCAUCUCUAGAUGAACUGUUGGACGCGCAGCAGGCACUGGUGAAGUGUAUGUGGUCAGGCAAGGCAGUUGACUGAAUUUUAAUGAGGUUUUCCAUUUAUUGUCCCAGAGAAUUCCUUCUAUGUGCAGGUGGGUAAUCUCUUGAUUGCAUUGCUGCAUUUGAUAUAUAUCAGUAUCAAUGUUUUUAAAUAUAGUGCACCAGUAUUCUUAC